AUGUCCGGCAGCUCUACGGAUUCACUCGGGGACUUGAUUCGUAAGGCUGGGAAUGCUUCCAAGGGAUCCGAUGUGCGUCGAACGGCUCUGGAACAACUCAUCCAAACCUCCUCCUCCCCCAGCAUCUCCUCCGUCUCCCUGAUUCCCCAGCACCUUCCCUCCCUAGUCCCAGAUUUCCCUGACCUAUGGCCAGCCGGUCUGGAUGCCGCUUACGACGUCAGCGAACAUGAAGACAAGAACGUCAGGAUGCAGGGGUAUAGGCUUGUCGUGGAUCUGGCUAGGAUCGGGGUCGGGGCGGAGGAGGUGGGGACUAUGACGGACGUCUUGUUACAGUCCAUGUAUACAUCCCACCAAGACAAUUCUUUGGAAGAAAUAAACACCCUCGAACAAUGCAUACGAUCCCUCAUCCAUCUCAACCCCGGCGCAGCUAUCGGCCUGAUCACCUCUCUCUUGUCCAAGGAGACUAAUGUCCCGACGAAACUUAUCUGGGAUCUCAUCGAGGGCCCUGCGAACGGAGAUGUGGAGGCUUGGUUGGGUCGAGCUGCCGGGGGCGAGGGAGAGGCGGAUGAAAAGAGGGCAGUGAAAGAGAAUUUGUUCAGGCAUGUGUUUAGGCCCACGAGGUAG